AUGCCUCGGGGUCAGAAGAGUAAGCUCCGUGCCCGUGAGAAACGCCGCCAGGCUCGAGAAGAACCUGAGGUUGUGAAGGGUGCUCCAGCCACUGCAGCGGAGGAAGAAAAGUCCGUGACUUCCUCGUCUCCUCGCUUCAAAGAAAAUCCCCAGAGGUCAUCUGCUGCUGGAACACUCAGCCAUCACCAAGAACCACAGAAAGCCCCAUCCAGCACUGCUGCUGCAGCAGCUGCUUCAUCCACAAGACCUAAUGAAGGCACCACCAGCGAAGCUGAGGAAAGGCCAAAUGCCUCACAGGCCCAGGCUUCCACUGAGCACAUGGGAUUAGACCCUUUAGACAAGAAGGUUACAAACCUGGUCCGUUACCUGUUGUACAAGUAUCAAAGGAAAGAGCCCAUUCGAAAGGUAGAUAUGCUGAGAAAUGUGAUCAAAAUGGAUAAGAAUCAAUUCCCUGAGAUCCUGAGGGGAGCCUCUAGGGACCUGGAGCUGAUCUUUGGCCUUGAUGUGAAAGAAGUCGGUCCCAACGGGAGCCUCUACGUCCUCGUCAACAAACUGGAUCUAAGCUGUGAUGGAAGAGUGAAUGACAACACAGGCUUGCCCAAGACUGGCCUGCUGAUGACUGUUCUGGCUGUCAUCUUCUCGAAGGGCAAUUGUGCCACUGAGCAGCACAUCUGGGAAGUGCUAAAUAUGAUGGGAAUAUAUGAUGGGGUGGAGCAUUUCAUCUAUGGGGAACCCAGGAAGUUUCUCACUGAAGAUUGGGUAAAAGAAAUGUACCUGGAAUAUCGUCAGGUGCCCAACAGUGAUCCUCCAAGCUAUCUUUUCAGGUGGGGUCCAAGAGCCUACGCUGAAACCAGCAAGAUGAAAGUUCUUAAGUUUUUGUCCAAAAUCCAUGGGACCGUCCCAAGUGACUUCCCAUCCUUGUUUGAAGAGGCUCUGAUAGAAGAAGGGCAGCGAGCCCGAGCCAGAGUUGCAGAUAGGGCUCGUAUUGCUGCCAUGGCCAGGGCUCGUUCUACAGCCAUUUCCAGCACUCUUCCUGCCCCAAGUGAAGGCUGA